CAAAGAGGUGGCACAUUAAUGGAGCGCCUCUACAGGGGUCUUUUCUGCUCAUGUCACUACAUAAAACUAUCAGAUGGUUAGAGGAAGGCCAUGGAGGCAUCCACUUAGCUCGUCGAGGACGCCAAAUGAUAUUCAACUCUGCUAGCGGGACAAGCUGACUUACUUUGCAAGAAAGACUUACAGCAGCCGUCACUCCAUAAAUGUGCACCGUCCGCCAACCUGCACACCGCAGAGGCGCUCAACCUGGCUGUUUUACGCACAACGCAACUCCUGCAUUGCCGGCAUUGAAACUUUCCUCAGUGGUUGUUUUCAUGAAGAGCGACAAGCUUUCGUCAAGGAAUUAAGGGAGACUACUUUUUUUUAUUGCUUUUCUGAAAAUAUCGAGGAUGCCUCGCCCAGGGAGAAACACGUACAGCGACCAGAAGCCACCUUACUCCUACAUCUCCCUCACUGCCAUGGCGAUCCAGAGCUGCCCGGAGAAGAUGCUGCCUCUCAGUGAAAUUUACAAGUUCAUCAUGGAUAGAUUCCCUUAUUAUAGAGAAAACACUCAGCGGUGGCAAAACUCUCUGCGACACAACCUGUCCUUCAACGACUGUUUCAUUAAAAUCCCCCGGCGCCCAGAUCAGCCAGGCAAGGGCAGCUUCUGGGCUCUGCACCCCAGCUGCGGGGACAUGUUUGAGAAUGGAAGUUUCUUGAGACGCCGCAAAAGGUUCAAACUGUUGACUUCAUCUGAUCAUUUGGCCCCGAGUAAGCAGUCGGAUGCUGCCCAUUACCUCCAGCAGCAAGCUAAACUGAGACUGAGCGCCCUGGCAGCCACUGGCACACACCUUCCCCAAAUGUCAACUUACAACCUCGGAGUGUCUCAGUCCUCAACUUUUAAGCAUCCGUUCGCCAUCGAGAACAUCAUCGCCAGAGAGUACAAGGUCCCGGGGAGUCUGGCGUUCUCCACCAUGCAGUCCAUGUCUGCCGGGUACCCGCUCCACAACCAGCUGACGACCGCCUGGCCCCACAUGUACAACACCAGCAUGAUUGACACGUCGGCCCCAAUCUCCAUGGCAAGCGGCGACUACAGCGCAUAUGGCAUGCCCAUCAAGUCCCUGUGUCACGGGGGUCAGUCGUUACCGGCCAUUCCUGUGCCAAUCAAGCCCACCCCGACCUCCAUGGCCGGUUUCUCGGCGUUACCUCCACACAUCCCCGCGUUUCUAUCAAACUCUCCACAGUCUUUGAGCCCGACGUCCCCACAGACAGCAACGAGCCAAAGCAGCCCUGCAACCCCGAGCGAGACUCUGACGAGCCCCUCCACACUGCAGUCUGUGGCUGUGCACUGACCAGCGACACUCUCCCCAGUAAACGAACUACUGGCCGGCUUCCCAGGCCCCUUUACUAAUCCCAAAGUUUAUAUUUUCUGUCGUCGGAAACUAUCAAGGCGAGUUGCAGUUGCAUAUCGAAUUAUUUGUGUAUGUGUUGAAUGUGUCGCUUUAAAUUGUGUCAUAGAAGUCCAGCACAGAAUCGCACAGCGAAGUAUUGCUCUUGAAAAUAUAAAUUAUUUGAUAGUUAUAUUUUUCAGUUUAUUGUGAAAUGUGAGUGUUGAAAGUGGAGUCACUGAUGGGAUCCAGGGGACGUUUGUUUUGGCACCAUCAACUCUGAUUUAAAGUGCUUGCAAUUCCCGUGGCAGGUUUUUCAGUUUUAUCAAAUAGCAAAACUUUUGCACCGUUUCUGUGUGACCACUGUAAUGUCAAUGAAAUUGCGAGGCAAUGGCUCUGUGUUUUUUGUUGCUUUUUAAUACUGGAAUGAUGGAUAAGGGUAUACCAAAUAGGACUAGGAUUUAGAAUUGUUCUUACCAUCCCUGUAAAAAAAAGAAAGCAAAAUGAGUUAUCAAAUCUUUUCAAAAUGGAAAAGUAGUAUUUGAGACGUCCUCAAAAUGCCAGAUGUGAAUAUUGCAAAUAACUGAUACUGAAAUGUUGUAAGAUGCACUUUUUAGUUUUAUGUUUUAGAUAUCUAUUUUCCAGAAAAUGUUCUGUGAAGCAUUUAAUUUAAAAGGCUGUGGUGACCAUGUGUAUCAGAUGCUGUACAUUUGUACUUUUGUUUUUUAGGUAAAAGCAUGCAUUCUAAAAAUUUGUGUUGGUACUGUUGUUGUUAUUGUUGUUUUUUGUUUGUUUAAUUUUUGCAAGCAUGCGUGCUUUUGAAAAGUGUGCCAACAGUCUGCAAUGAAUUGGAAAAAAAAACUGGUCAUCGAAAUAUUUUCUCAUUAAAAGUGAAGUAAACAAUCAAAAAUGUUUCUGAAGAUUUUAUCUAAGACGAUGUCACAUAUUAUUGUUUAUAUUAUUAUUAUUAUUAUUAUUAUUAUUAUUAUUAUUAUUAUUAUUAUUAUUAUUAUUAUUACAGGUCUCAUAAAGUUAUUAUUCAAUUGGCAGAAAAUCGUUUUUAUCGGAUACCACUUUAAUUUUUCAUAAAACAAUAAUAUUAAA